GUUUCACUCAAAGAGAUCAUUCUGUGGUUUGUUGGUUUGUUUAUUAAAUCAAAGCAGGAAAUUCAUUGCAUGUCACAGUUAACGGCUGAAAAUCUUACAGUUUAAGGAAUGUAAAAUAACAGGUUAUGCAAAAACAUUUGAUCAUAUAGUCAGUCUGUGGUUUGGUGAAAUGAAAAUCAUUUGAGAUUGGUUUACAGUUGUGUGACAUUCAUUCAGCUGUACUGUGAUAGAGAAAGUAAAACUAAUCCACGUCUUACAAACUCUCAUGUCAACAGGACUGAUUCACUUCCAAUGCCGAGCUGAAGUGUACAGAGUGAAGACGAGACCCUAAAGAGUGAAGACCAGACCAUAAAGAUGGAGACCCAGACCCAAAAGAGUAAGUCCCUAAAGAGUGAGGACCAGACCACAAAGGAAGCUGAGACACCUAGCACUGUAGAAAGUGUAAAAUCAUUAAGAGAAAAAUAUUUAGUGAAUGUGACUCUGGAUCCUGAUUCAGCUCAUCCAGAUCUCAUUGUGUUUGAUGAUAGGAAACAAAUGAGAUAUGAAUACAAACAACCUGAAAGAGUGGAGGAUGGAGAUAAAGAGCAAAAUAACAAGUCUAACCGAUAUUUAUGUGUUCUUGGAAAGGAAGGAUUCACCUCAGGGCGUUCUUACUAUGAGGUGCAGGUGAAGGGGGAACGGUGGUAUGUGGGUGUGGCUAAAGACUCUGUUAAAAGGGAGGGCGAGAUCUGUCUGAAUCCUAAGAAUGGAUUCUGGACUAUGGGAAGGAUAGAUAGGAUGUAUUUGGCUUGUGAUGAUCCAUAUAUUCCUCUGAAUGUGAAGCCUCAGAGAGUCGGGGUGUAUGUGAAUUAUGAGGAGGGUCAAGUGUCUUUUUGUGAUGUGGAGUCUGAAUGUUAUAUCCACUCUUUCACUGCUCAGUCUUUUGAUGAAAAGCUUUAUCCCUUCUUUUCUUUGGCUCAAGAUUAGUCUAAAAAGUCAGAUGUACCACUUAUCAGCUGUAAGAUCUGACAUCACAUUACAUCUAAUCUGAUCUAAAAAGUAAUCUCCCACUGAGAGGGAAUCAAAGAUACUCAAUAUUUGGUGAUAAUGUAUCUUUUGUG